AUGCAGCAGGUGGAUCAGGUGGAUCAGGUGCAGCAGGUGGAUCACAUGUCGUCGGCCGGCGGCCUGAAGGAGCUCGUGCUCAGGUGGUUCCAGGAGACUCAGGCGCCGCUCGUCCUCCUCGAGGACGGAAGCUUCCCCGACUGGUUCAGAGGCUUCGCCGCGCGCAGGGACACGGAGGAUCUCCUGAGGGAUCAGGCUCCGGGCUGUUUUCUCCUCCGCCUCAGUGACAAAGCCCUCGGCUACAUCCUGUCCUACAGGGGCCGAGACCGGUGCCGCCAUUUCGUCAUCACGCAGAAUGAAGAGGGUCGGUUGGUCGUAUCAGGAGACCUCCAGACCCACGGGGGUCUCCCUGAGCUGAUCCAGCACUACAGGGUCCGCCCCAUCCAGCCCUUUGGAGAAUACCUGACCUCCAGCUGGAACGAGGUGAACACAGGUGAGCUGUACGACGUGGUGAAUGUCGAGGCCAAAGGGAAGUCCGGGCUGAGUGUUCAAGCCCUGCGGACUCUGUGGGACCAGAAAUGCGGUCCUCCCAACGAGCCUGGCCAAACCCAGAGGACUCAGAGGCAGCCGGUUCAACCGCCUGCACUGCCGCUGAAGUCCAAGAGCAGGAAGCUGACGGGAACGCUGUCCCUCGCUCAGGGCGUUCCUCCGGUCCCAAAGAGAGGUCUUCUUCUGGGCCUCUCCCUGACUGGCUCUUUGACCGAGACCACGUCCCAAACCCGGAGCGACCCAAACGGAUCAGAGGGAGUCCGAGGAAACACAAGUCUGGCGCUGAAGUCCAACAGAGACCCUUUCAACACCGCUGACCCGGAGACCAGCAGCACAUCUCUACCCAUGCUGAACCAGGAGGAGGAGGAGGAGGAGGAGGAGGAGGAGGAGGAGGAGGUGGGGGGGUACUCCAACCAGCUCAGUGGUCCCUCCUUCUCCUCCACGCCACUGAAGAGGACCACCUGUGUCACCUACUCCCUCCAGAAUCCCAGAGACAGCCCGAGGCCCAGCAGCUCCCGGUCCGAGCAUCGGGGGGCCGGGCCGGCGUCGAGGUUCAACCCGCUGUACCAGACCUCGACGGGGGCCGGCGGGGGUCCGGCUCAGCAGGGAAACGCCACGUACUCCGAGGUUCCCUGGAGGCCCACACCUGGCGGGCCGCCCGACAACACCUACGAGCAGAUCCCAGGUGAGGCUCAGGGGAACACGUACGAGUCCCUGGAGGACGUGAAGGACAGGAAGUCCACCUGGGGGAAGAACGGCGUGAAGUGGAAGAAAUUCCUUCCAGAUUCCAAGAAGAAAUGAAAAAGGACUCAAGGACAAAUAAAUGAUGAUAAUGUUUUAUCAAGUAGAAUACAUUCAAACACUGC